UCACAGGAGCAGCUGGAGGGCCUCCAGAGUGACUUCAAGCAUGUUAAUGAAGGAGGUUUCCAGCUGCAGAGCAUCCAACGGGCCUGGCGUGACUUCCUGCAGAGACAGGAAGCGGAGAAAAGGAGCCCCUCCCCGCCCUCCCUCUCCUCCUCUGACAAGAUGAGCAUGUCAAUCAGCAUGGCGACUCUGUCAGAUGGCAGCACCCCCGUAAAUCGCAGUAAAUCCCCGGGAUUUUCUUUCCUGCGUCUCCCGGUCAUUAUAAUUCUGAACCGACGUCGGCUGCAGCCCUCCGACUGA